GAUAGAUAGAUAUUCAACCAUGUUCAUGUAUUGUUCAGGACCCAAACACAGUAUUUGAGUGUAUUUGGUAUCUGUCAGAGUGCUGCACUUCUCCUCCAGCCGCUUGGGGCGCUGUAUCUAAAUCAGCCCCUCUGCGUCCUCAGAGCCGCUCUUGUGCUCCCUCCUCGGCCCGCACUGACAGCACAGGGGCAGGAACUUUGACCGGUGCUCCAGCGCUAGUUAGCUGCCUGCUAGCCGUUGUGUCUAAUAUUUUCACAUUUGUUUGCGUGUUGUUUCAUAUGCAGAGAGAUGUGGUUUAUUUAUUUACUCAGCUGGCUGUCGUUAGUCAUCCAGAUAUCCUUCGUCACUCUCGCGAUAGCUGCUGGCCUGUACUACCUGGCAGAACUAAUAGAAGAAUACACAGUAGCCACCAGUCGAAUAAUAAAGUACAUGAUAAUGUUUUCGACAGGUGUGCUGGCAGGUCUCUAUCUUUUUGAAGGCUUCCCAAUGUUGAUGGUGGGAGUCGGCCUCUUCACCAACCUGGUGUACUUCGGCCUCCUGCAGACUUUCCCAUACAUACUGCUGAGCUCCCCAAACUUUAUCCUCUCCUGUGUGUUGGUGGUGGUGAACCAUUAUAUGGCCUUCCAGUACUUUGCACAAGAGUAUUAUCCAUUCUCAGAGGUGCUGGCAUACUUCACCAUCUGCCUGUGGGUGAUCCCCUUCGCCUUCUUUGUUUCACUGUCAGCGGGGGAAAAUGUGCUUCCAUCCACCAUGCAACAAGGAGACGAUGUGGUGUCUAAUUACUUCACCAAGGGCAAGAGGGGGAAGAGGUCUGGGAUCCUCCUCGUGUUCUCUUUCCUCAAGGAGGCAGUGCUGCCCAGCCGACAGAAAAUGUACUGAGGAGCUCGGACUCGGGGUGCAGCCUCUGGGGUCUGUUGGUGUGUGUGAGUGAGUGUUUGUGUUGGAAAUUGAGGGGAAGCAGGAAGGACUUUGGAAAUUUGUUUCUGGAUGGGACUUAAACGAAACAGUGGCCAAAGCGGAAGCACAUGAAGAGGACGGACCAAUAAACGGAACAGAGCUUCUUGCUGGACGAGCCCACGAGUUUACACAGGCCACGUUCGUCUCUCUUUGUUUUUCUGUCUGUCUGUAUUGACUGCCAACAACAUCUGGAGACCUCUUUGAGGGGAUCUUGUCCGUAGUGCGAUGCUUUCUUAUUGUCAUGUUGGACUCCUCCAUUUUUUAAGCUUUGAUAUGUGUGAAGGAUCUGAAAUUAACAACCACCAAAAACCUGUAAGUUUUGACUUUGGCAGAUAAAUCAUUAACACUUUUCUUCUUGAGAUGAGAUUUGCUGUCAUUUGUGUGUUUUAGGUAUCACACUUUAUCUGUUUCAAUACAAAGUAGCAUUGAGGGCAGGUUAAGAGACAAAACACAACUUGUGAAAACUACUGUCUCCUCAGAUGAAGGUUGGAGAUUAAUGAAACAGUUUAAAGGUACUUUUUGACUUAAUCCUUAAGUCCAGUCUUUGACUUUGAUGUGAAUUGAUCCUGGAAAGGAAAGCCCAGCUGCAGACAAAAUGCUACAGGUCACCACAGAAAUGCUUAUUAACAUUAUUUCAAAUGGGAAAGUGCAGUUAAAGGAAGACUUUUACCACAAAUGAUCAUAUGUUUAUCAGCCAUUCACCUCAUGUUAAGUUGAAUUCAUGAAAUAAUUUUUUCUCGCAUGCCUCCACGGUGAGCGGUAAAUCCAAAAACUGAGAAAAUUCUUGAUGAUUUGAAGUCAUAGGGGUCCAGGUUAAAAGCGCAAAGACUAUAUCAAAACAUCUGUGUACGAUGUAAUUCUUGCAGCACAAUUUAAGUCAAGGAAUGUUAAAAAGUCUCAAAUGGGCAGGGCUGGGAGGGCUAAGACAUGCCCAGUCACUCAAUCGUGCCACCUCUCGAUCCACAGCACCUCCCUGCUACCUGCACACACAUAGCAGUCGGUUGGCGAGAGGGUGUGGGCGGGGACUCGGGGGCUCGGUUGGUGAUAAAAGCAGGCUUCUACAAGCAGGCUCAUCCAAUAGCAAAAUUCAGUUGCAAUCUCCAAGUUUCAACCUUUAGAGUGCAGUCACUGUGUAUAUUUACAACACAAUAUGUAGAAUUUUAAUGCUUUGCACUUUAAUGUCAAGAGUUGGACCUGAAUCAAACAACGUUUUUAAGAGUUAUUUCUGGUUCACCAAAAUCACACAAUAACACUAACUAACUGAUCAAGGCCGUGGUAGACCAGCAGCUUUCAUGUUCAGCAGGGUAAAAUUAUUGUUUUUAUCAGUGGAGUUUGGCUUUGUUUGGGAAGUACUGAGCAUAUGACUAAAUAACACUCACAGCUGUGAGAGUUUAACUCAUAUUUUCACAAAAUUUUGCUGUUGUUAAACCCCCAUGACUUAAAUUCAUCAAGAAUUUUCUCUGUUUUUGGAUUCUUCAUUCACCAUGGAGGCAUGUUUACUUCACAGUAAUUGUUAUAUAAAUGGUCACUGUGGGAGGUGAAGUAUUCCUUUUAAGUUGUAAAGAACCAGCUACUAAUCAAUGGAAAUGGCUAGUUUUAAUUACAAGAUUUGACAUGUGAAUACUCUCUGCCCCCGUAGAAAGGAUCACUUUAAUAAGUGAAACACCCUUAAAUUAUAGUUGGCUACGAUGGAAAUCUCCCAGUCUGGAUUGUUUACGUGUGGCCACAAAAACGAUGCACUUAGUUGAGAUUUUUCUGUUUUCUUGUCUCACAUCUACAGAGUCAUUAAUCACCAGCGCUGUAGUCUGCAACCUGACUGUUUUUUAAAAAUUCACAGUAAUAACUAACUGGCUUUUGUACAUUGAUCAUUGAGUUAACCCGACACCAAGCGACAAAAUGAAAACACUCUUUAAGAUCGAACCUUGCAGUGACUCUUGGGUGCUUACGUGCGUCUGGGACAAAAGCUGCUGAAAGUGGUUUGAUGAAGGCACUAUUAAAGAGGCCGAAAUUCUUUUUACCAAUUACGGAGUGCGAUUCAUUGUAGGCCGGUAUUCACACAAAUGUAUAAUAAAAGAUUUUGUUGAAAUAA